UACCCCAUUUGAAAUUCCAGACUGUUACUCCAAAACGACAACAACAAAAAAAAAUGACGAGCAGCACUUGUGCUGCUCCAUUUCUCUACCAAAACGGCGUCGUUUCGCACUCCACAAACACUCCAUUAAUCACCACCUUCCUCGAUUCCAAUCCAGGUGCAUACACCACUACACGUACACACAACAAUGCCUCCUCUCUCUUAUUUUGGCCACAACAUUUGCAAAGACUUUCAAAUUCCACCACAAUUCUAGUCAAUUCAAAUCCCCAGUUUUUUUUCAAAAACAUAAUACCCACCAAGCAAAAUCCACUAUCAUCACUGCCACAAGGAGUUCUGGAUUCAAAGAUUAAGGCUUUAGUUAAUGAUUCAAUGAAAAAGGUGUUGCCUUUGGCGUUGAAAGAGAGAAAUGAUGGAGAGGAAUUAGCAAUCACUGCUCUUGUUAGUGGGGAUUCUGAGAAAUUGAAAAAAGUUGAGAGUUUGAAUAGGGAAAGUGAUGUGAUUGAUGUGAUUGAUGUUUGUUUGCAUAUUGGAAAGCAUGUUCCUCUUAUGUUUGGUGUUAAAGGAAAUCAUGCUAAUUUGGCUGUUGUUGGACGCGGUAGGGAUUUUGCUGAAGCUAAAUAUUCUGAUUGGGUAAGGCUAAGGAAGCCCUUGGAGAAAUUGAGGCCUCCUUUAGUGACGGAGCUUUUGUUAUCAGAUGAUGGUGAUCAUAUACUUGAAGGUUGUGUGACGAACUUUUUUGUUGUUUGCUGCAAGGACAGCAAUGAAGUUAAGGGGGAUUACUUUCACAACAACAAUAGUAAAUGCCCCUUUAAAGUGCAGACAGCCCCUAUUCAUGCUGGCAUCCUUCCUGGAAUUAUGCGCCAAUUAGUCAUUGAUGUGUGCUUAAGCAAGGGAAUCCCUGUUGAAGAAGUUGCACCAUCAUGGUCUAUGCAGGAAUCCUGGCAAGAGGCAUUUAUUACAAAUAGCUUGAGGAUUAUGCAGCACGUGGAGAAAAUUCAAGUCCCAAGUCCAUGGGAAUCAAUGGAACAAAAAACUCUUGAGCAGGUAUCUUGGCAGGAGAAGCAUUUUCAGGACGGUCCUGGAAUGAUUACAACAAUUAUCCAGAAAGAGAUUAUGGAGAAGGCAUGUGUGGAAGGGUGGCCGUUUUAGCUCUGUAUAGUUGGUGAAGGGUUGCAGUUCAUACCAUUUCAAUUGGUUAGGUAAUGAAAUUGCAUUGCACAAUAUUGAUCUUGGAAGAAAGACCUACGAAGGUGGUUUUAUUUCACACUUACACAUAAAUUCUUUGCUUUUGUAUGUCCCUGUGCUGGGAAGCUGUCGAAAUUGCCGCCCUGCUUUCAAGGUUUCAUAUAUUAUAAGCCAAACCUGUGUGCGAUAGAUGACUAAAUGAUCAUGAAAGUUGUAUGUGUAUCUAAGCAUUAACUGUUACCAAGUGUUGCUUCCCAGAGAAAUCUAAUUUUGAGUUUCUUAUUAUAAGAAUUGAACUCCACUUUUUGGCUCAA